AUGGAGUGUGAGAUUGAAGAAAUGAGGGCCGAGAUGGACGAGAUGCGAGACACUUUCUAUGAAGAAGACACUUGCCAGCUCCAGGAAAUGAGGCGUGAGCUAGAGAGAGCCAAUAAAAACUGCAGAAUCCUGCAGUAUCGUCUGCGGAAGGCUGAGAGGAAGAGGCUGCGCUACGCCCAGACAGGAGAGAUCGAUGAAGAGUUGCUCAGGAGUCUGGAGCAGGACCUAAAGGUAGCAAAGGAUGUGUCUGUGAGGCUCCACCAUGAGCUGGAAAAAGUGGAGGAGAAACGCACUAAGACGGAGGAGGAGAACGAAAAGCUGAGACAGAAACUCAUAGAAGUGGAAGUGACCAAACAAGCCCUGCAGAAUGAACUAGAAAAAACCAAAGAGUCUCAAAAGAGAAGAGGAAGCAAGGACGUCCAGAAGAGUGACAAGAAAGCAGCACAGACUCCCACUGAGGUGAGAUGCUGUUAUGAUUAAAAAUAAUUAUUUUUAUUUUGUGUAUAUUUAUACAUUUUUGGCAUAAAUGC